UGUCCAGCUUUUUGAUUGCAAAAACCGCGCGAAGUUUUGCAAAUGAGGUUCUUGUUUUGCAUUUUAAUUUUUUGUAAAUAAUAUUAAAGUACAUUACGUAAAGAUUCAUUGAUAGGCUGUCUACAAUGACUACACAGGCAAGUGAAGAAGGUACCUCCAAGAAACCAAGAAAAUCAAGUUUACACGUGCCAUGGGUUGAGAAAUAUCGACCAAUUGAAUUAUCGGAUGUCAUGGGUAACCAGGAAACAGUAAGCCGAUUGGAGGUGUUUUCACGUGAAGGAAAUGUUCCAAAUAUUAUUAUUGCAGGUCCACCAGGAACUGGAAAAACUACAAGCAUCCUGUGUUUAGCCAGGAAGUUGUUAGGUUCUGCUUACAAGGAAGGUGUUCUGGAGUUAAAUGCGUCCAAUGAUAGGGGUAUUGACGUUGUAAGAAACAAGAUUAAAAUGUUCGCACAGAAGAAAGUGACUUUACCUGUUGGAAGACAGAAAAUUGUAAUUCUGGAUGAAGCAGAUAGCAUGACCGAUGGCGCACAGCAGGCUCUUAGGCGUACCAUGGAGAUCUAUUCCAAGACAACUCGUUUCGCUCUAGCUUGCAACACUUCUGACAAGAUCAUUGAGCCGAUACAGUCAAGAUGUGCCGUACUUCGCUACUCAAAGUUGACAGAUGAACAGGUCCUCAGUAGGCUGUUAGAGGUGUGUGAGGCGGAGAAUGUUACAUAUACAGAUGAGGGGCUGGAGGCGAUCAUCUUCACAUCACAGGGUGACAUGCGGCAGGCACUAAACAAUCUGCAGUCAACACACUCAGGUUUUGGACAUGUGGACCCAGAUAAUGUAUUUAAGGUUUGUGAUGAGCCUCAUCCGGCUGCAAUCCGGGACAUGUUGGAUCAUUGCAUUGCAGGCAACAUCGAUCAGGCUUACACUAUCAUGGCACAUUUCUACCACCUGGGCUAUGCGUCUGAGGACAUCAUCGGAAAUAUCUUUCGCGUCUGUAAAACACACAAUAUGGCGGAGUAUCUUAAACUGGAAUUCAUCAAGGAGAUUGGAUUCACAAAUAUGAAGAUAACAGAGGGAAUGAACUCGCUUCUUCAACUCUCUGGAAUGCUGGCUAGGUUAUGCAAGAUAUCAAUGCCAACAUGAUAGUCAUGAACUGUAAUAAAAGAACACAUGAUAACAUAACAGAGUGGGUGAACUCACUUCUUGAACUCUAUAGAAUGCUAGCCACGUUAUGCCAGAUAUCAAUACCAAAAUAACAGUCAUAAAAUAGAAUAAAAGCACUCUUGAUGAAGUUAGUCAUGGGGGUGAAACCAUUUCACAUGUUGUCGCAAGGGUUACUACAAUUUUAAUACCACUGUUAUAUUAUGUGGUGAUGUAUCUGUUCAACAGCAGAUUCUUGUGUUCAAGUUCUUUGACACCAACUUUGUUUUCUCAUGACUUAAACAACUCGCUCUUUAAAACUUCAUCAGCGUGUUGAGGCGAUUUUAUUGUGGAAAGCACUCUACAAAUAUUCUACCAUUACUAUUAAAGUUUAGGAGAGGUUUUUAGGGAAGGGGAAUGUUCACUACCGGCUUUUUUCUUCACAGAAAUAAUUCAGAAUUGAAUACAAAUGCUAAAGUGUAGUAGUAUUUCAUAACAUAUACUGUACUGAGUUUGAAUCAUACCAUUAUUGUAUACUUAUUUACCUGUAUAAGGGAAACGCAUUACAACUAGGCCUAUUUAAAAUACAUUUUGGAAAUACAUGCCGCCCAUGAAUUUAAGUGGCGAUUCACUUACUAUUUUAGCAUCCUCGAUGGUUCGAAGCUCUGUUAAGACUUCUGUUUUUACAUGUGUUCUUCAUGUUCUUUUCAUUGUCAACGCUGUCGCUCUUGGUAGUAAAUUUUUGUUACCAUGAUAACAGAUUUUUAGCAAGUUCGAUUGGUUUGAAACUCUUAGUUUUCAAUUCUCUGAGACAAACCACACUGUGGAGUGGUAAUGCUUUUACUGUGAAGCAUAAAGUGAGAUUUUAUAGUAGUGAAAGCAUUUUAAAAGUAUAUAUUAUCAGCAAAUCACAGGGAAUUAUUGCUAGCUUGGUAAACUUAACUUUGAACCACAUUUAAUGAAACUAAACAGACUAAAGGACAGGAAAUCAAAGGAUUUUUAAAAACAUACUGACUACAUGAAAUAAUGUAUAUGAAAAUAAUGUAAAAUUAUCAUUGGUAAACAUUGUGUUGUUUUUUUAUUUUGACUAAAAAAACCACCUAAAUAUUUGUAUAAGUAUGUGUUUACGAAUUUCAGACCAUUUGUGGGAUGACAGCGUUAUAGUGACUGGGGUUGUAGAGAAAAUGUGGGAGUUUAUUAGGGACAAUAAUUAAUACCUUUUUUCUUGCAUUUAUAUUUAAAUGAAAUAAAAAUGUAAAAGAU